AUGGGUGUUCAGGGUCAGAGAUGCUACAGAGUGACUUACACCAAGAGGAGAAUCUGUGUCUUGAAGGGGUCAACAGUGGACAUAUCCUGUACUGUUGGUUAUUAUUCCACCACAUCAUCAUUCUGGUUUAGAAGUGAUAAGUCGACCCCUGAAGACCUAACCAGAGACCCAGGGUAUACAGGUCGUGUGAAGUACACUGGAACAUACAGAGGUCCCUCCCUGAGAAUCACAGAUCUGAGAGAGGAGGACUCAGCUGAGUAUCGCUUCACUUUUAAAACAGACAACAUUGAAUGGGGUCAUAGUUUCCCAGGAACAACUCUGUCUGUCACAGGUCUGCAGGUGAAGGUGACUCCUGCUGCAGAGGGACAGAAGACACUGACCUGUAUCACCACCUGUACUCUGACUGACAACCCCACCUACAUCUGGUACAAGAACGGACAACGUGUAGAUGAGCCCACUUCCCAACAAUACUCUAGUAAUACCCUAGUAGUGUUGGGUCAUUCUGAGGACAGUUACUCCUGUGCUGUAGAACACCAUGAGGACCUCCACUCUCCUGCAGUGUAUGCUCCAAGGAACACCUCAGUGUCAGUCAGUCCCUCUGGUGAACUAGUGGAGGGCAGUUCAGUGACUCUGACCUGCAGCAGUGAUGCCAACCCACCUGUGGACAAAUACACCUGGUACAAGAAUAACGUAACCUCACCAAAAGCAUCAGGACAGAGUUACAGCAUCACUAACAUCAUCUUUGAGGACAGAGGAGAAUAUUACUGUGAGGCCCAGAAUGGAAGAGGAUCUAUGAACUCUACAGCUCUGAUGAUCAUUGUAGCAGGGAAACAGACCUCAGUUCUGACUGCAGCUGUAGGAAUCAUAGUGGUUGUUCUGGUUCUCAUCCUCUGUCUCUCUGGACUCAUGUGGUUCAGGAAGAAGGCCUCCAAACCCACCAACACAAGAGACACAGCAGACGUUGGACAGGGAGACUCUAGUCCAGUGUAUGACAACAUCUCAAACAUGGCCAUGACCUCUACUGCAGCACAGACAGAGUCCACAUACGACCAGGAUGAUGUUCACUACGCCAGCGUCCACUUCUCUCACUCCAAAAACCAGGAAGUGCUUCUGUACUCCACCGUCCAGGUGCCUCAGCCCCAGAAAGAGGAUGAGGAUGUCCAGUACGCUGCUGUGAAAUUCAACCUCCCCAACCUGCAGCAGCACAAGCAGCUGAGGAGGACUCCUCUGUUCUCUACAGUACAGUCAAUAAACCCUGAACCAAGAAGACCUGAACACAACAAACCCAGAACCAAGAAGACCCAAACACAACAAACCCAGAACCAAGAAGACCUGAACACAACAAACCCAGAACCAAGAGUACCUGAACGCAACAAACCCAGAACCAAGAAGACCUGA